AUGUGGUUUAUUUGUGAUGGCUGUGGCAUCGCCUGUGCAAUUGUUACCUGGUUUCUGGUCCUCUAUGCAGAGUUUGUAGUCCUCUUUGUGGUGCUGAUUCCAUCCAGAAAUGGAAUCAUCAACGGAAUUGUGUUCAAUCUGCUGGCCUUCUUGGCCCUGGCCUCACACUGCCGGGCCAUGCUGACGGACCCCGGGACAGUGCCCAAAGGAAAUGCCACUCAAGAGUUCAUCAAGAGCCUUCAGCUGAAGCCUGGGAAGGUGCUGUGCAAGUGCCCCAAUGUUCGUAAACGGUGUGUUCCCAAGAUGGGCCAUCACUGUCCCUGGAUCAACAACUGUGUGGGCAAGAACAACCAGAAGUACUUCGUCCUACUUACAAUGUACAUAGCUCUCAUUUCCUUGCACACCCUCGUCAUGGUGGAAUUCCACUUCCUGCAUUGCUUUGAAGAAGACUGGACAAAGUGCAGUCCCGUGCCACCCACCACAGUCAUCCUGCUAAUCCUGUUGUGCUUCGAGACACUGCUCUUCCUCAUUUUCUCAUCAGUGAUGUUUGAGACCCAAGUGCACUCUAUCUGCACAGAUGACAUGGGAAUAGAACAAUUGAACAAUUGA